AUGGCCAGCCGUUUACCGCAAACAUCUGGCCCUAGGAAGCACAAUCCUGGUGGGGACCUGGUCUUUGUGAGCUUGAGCCACCCCGGAGAAAUCAAGAAUCGCGACAAUCAGCGAGCAAUUCGAAGCCGUGUCAUGAGAGAUAUUGGCCGAUCACGGCGGACUCGUAAAAAGCGCCCUCAACAAAUGACUUUUGAAUUGACAAAAACCGCUAUCGUGGAUGAUACAGCUUCUGCUACAUACGCACCGCACAUUCCAGCAUCGUUGGAGUCAUGGCCCUUCCCUGUCGAGUUGGACUCGCGAGCCAAGGAAUUGGUCAGCUUCAUGAACUCGGAAGCUGAUGUUGUCUAUCGCCCGUUCCGAACGAUAUGGUUUUCAAUGGCUUUGGUAGACCAAAGUGCCUUCCAACUGUCCAUGGCCAAUGCGUCCAUGUUUCUUGCUCAGAGGAAGGACCCAGAUGGAUUUCGGUAUGAGACCUGCUCCGAGUCUUUGACAUAUUUUGGGCAGUGUCUAAGUCUUGUCACAAAACGGCUUGAGGACCCAAAGGAUCGUCUCAGUGAGGGGGUUAUCACGACGAUUCUGGGGUUGAUUUGUCACGAUCUCUAUGUCGGAAUAUGGGACAGGCUUGCGGCUCAUAGUGCUGGGCUUCAUUUAAUCUAUAAGCUCCGAGGGGGAUUCAGAGAUCUCAGCCCGAACAUUCCUUUAUUCGCGUCUUGGUAUGACAUUUUGAAAUGUACCAUGAAUGACAAACCCCCGUCUUUCCCAAACUAUGCUCUAGAUUAUACUCCAUCGCUAGUCUAUCAUAAACGGCCCUUAUUAGAAGCCGUUAUUCAGCAGCUCCAAACGCCCGAUCUAAAGUGUGUUGCAGAGGCACUCGAGAGACUUGCUCUAGUAGCCCAUUUUGCCAACAAAGUGUCCAGGAGUGGCAGUCAAUGGCAAAAGGAAGACGACAUGACUCCUCUCUACCUCGUGGGGUCCGCCACUCAUAUUUUGCUAUCGAUGCCGCGCCUAAAUCCAAGCAACAAAAAUAUUAGCUCGGUCGAAUUACUCCGGGAAUUGACACGGUUGGCAAUGCUCAUUCUCUUGGCAAAUCUGAAGCGAGCAUAUCACUUUACCUCGAAUGAGCCAUGCUUCUUAGAAGCUAAACUCUCGGAUUUAUUGCUGACAUAUCCCAACACUUUUGGAGACGUUCUUCCACAUCUCCAACUAUGGGCAGUCAUGACUGUGGCGACUUUACAACCAAAAUCAGCCAGUCAAGGGCUAUAUACUACACGCAUUGCCAGUUUGAUGAGUUUGUUGGGCAUCAAAUCUGCAAAAGCAGCCUUUGGAAUGGCUAAAAACAUUAUUUGGAUUGAAUCUAUCGCUGGAGAAGAACUGAACCAGUUCUUUAUUCAUACAAUUGAUGGGAUACCUUCCUGA